AUGGAUAAUGAUAAAGCAAUAGGGUGGAUAGAUAAUGAGGUGCCUCCCCCAACUUUAUUAGUAUCGCCGAUAAAUAAUAGAAUAAAUAAUGGCGAUAAUGGGGAAAGUAAUCAACAAAGAAACGAAAUAAUUUUAUCAGUUUUUUAUCAGGAUUUAAAAAUAGGAAUAGCAUAUUAUAAUAGAUUAGAAUCGAAUAUUUACCUUUGUCAAAGUUGGGAAGAUGAUAAUUUUUCAUGUUUACAUUUAAUAAAACAACAAACAAACCCAAAAGUUAUUAUAAUUCCAUCAAGAAUGCCACAAAGAUUUGUAGAUAGUAUUCAACGAAAUUCAAAUUGUUUUGGUCCAGAAAAUAUAAACUCUGAUGAAGAAAAAAAAAAUGAAUUGGUAACAGAUUUUUAUUUUGCAAGGUUUAGCGAUUUUACAUAUGAGUCAUCAAAGAAUAGACUAUUAAAUAUUAAAUUAUCAACAUGUAAUUCAAAUAAUUCAUUGGUUAAAUUAAAGUUUUUGCAAAAUAUCAUUGAUUUUGAUAAUAUAGAAAUGAUUAGAGCAAUAGGAGGUUUAUUAUCAUACUUAUCAAAGCAUGUUUUAUUAGAUGAAUUUGAUUCUUUAGAGAAUUUAUUAAUUAACGAAAUAUGUCCGAUUCCAUUAGACCAAUAUUUAUUAUUAGAAAAUAAUGAUUUAUAUUCUUUACAAAUUUUCUCAAAUAAAAAUCAUCCUAGUUUUUAUUCGAAGGGCAAUAGUAAAGAAGGGUUAUCACUUUUUGCAUUGUUCGAUAAAACAAAAACAUCAAUGGGAAAGAAAUUAUUAAAGACAUGGUUUAUGAGACCAUCAAGAAAUAGAAAUAUUAUUGAAGAAAGACAAUCUUUAAUAGAAUACUUCUCAUUACAAGAAAAUCAAUCUAUAAAAUCAGAGCUCCAAGAUUAUUUAAAAAAUAUUAAAGAUUUAAGAAUAAUUAUAAAUAGAAUUUUCUCUUCUCAAAAUCCAUUAAAAGAUUUUAUUUCUAUCUAUAAAACUUUUCAUUUCUUUGUAAAAAUUAAAUUAUUGAUAAACUCAAAGAACCCAACUCUUCCAUUCUUAAAAAAUGUAAAAGACCUUUAUCCAAAUGAAUUGGUGAAUAUUUAUCAAAAAUUUGAAAAUAUUUUUUGUUUUGACCAAGAUGAUAGAGUUUCAAUAAAAGAAGGUUUCAAUGAUAAAUUAGAUCAUCUCAGAAAUGUUUAUCUUUCAAUGGAUCAAAUUUUAACACAACACGGCAAACAAGAAAGAGUUAAAUUACAAAAUAUUUCAUGGGUGUCAUCUUUUCAUUUAGUUUAUUACCCACAACUAGGAUGUUUAAUAUGUAUACCAGUCGAUAAUACUCUUUCAAUUUCAAAACAAAUCAAUAUACCAACUCUAAAGUUUACUUUUAAAACAACAAACUAUCUCUAUUUCCAAAACGAAAAAACUAAAGAACUAGACGAUUUUUUUGGUGAUAUACAUAAUGACAUAUUAGAUAUUCAUUCAAAAAUUGAAAGGGACUUUAUAGACGAAAUUAUCGCAAAUGGAAAAUCAAUUAUAGAUAUUAUAAAUUUCUCAUCCCAAUUAGACUGUGUUUUAUCCCUAUCCAGUGCCAUUAAAAGUUAUGAUCUAGUAAGGCCAACAAUAUCAAGUGAGGUACAAGUAAUAGAUAUCAAAGAUGGUCGUCAUUUAAUUCAAGAACAGGUUACCGAUAACUUUAUUCCAAAUGAUACAAUAAAUCAUUCAAACAAACCAAUAAUAAUAGUUUCAGGUCCAAAUCAAAGUGGAAAAAGUAUUUAUAUAAAACAGGUAGCAUUAAUAGUAUUUUUAGCUCAAAUAGGAAGUUUUGUACCAGCAUCAAAAGCUACUAUUUCAAUUUUUGAUAAAAUAUACACAAGGAUUACAUCAAGAGAAAGCAACUCAGUUUCAGAAUCAUCAUUUAUGAUCGACUGUAAACAAAUAUCACUAAUGACAAGAUUUUCAACCAACAAAUCAUUAUUUAUAAUAGAUGAAUAUGGAAAAGGAACAAAUCCGCUGGAUGGUAUUUCACUAUUAUAUGGUUUUAUUGUAUUUCUGUUAUCAAAAGAAACCACAACAAAAACAUUUAUCUGCACUCAUUUUUAUGAAUUUUUCGAACUAUUGGCAAAUUCAAAAGAACUUUUAGAAAAGGUUUUGUUUAAUACAAUGGACUAUUUACUACCAAAUAAUAAUCAAAACAAUCAACAUUUUCAAAUAGACAAUUUAGAAAAGAUUUUUUACAAGUCAAAUGAAUUUAUUCCAUUUUACAAAUUAAAAGAGGGUGUUUCAAAUUCAAGUUUUGGAAUGAUAUGUGCGAAAAAUGCUGGUAUCUCUUCUGAUAUUAUAGAAAGAGCUUACGAAAUAAUGGAACAUCAAAAACAGUUUAAAACAAUAGAGUGUUCAAAAUUUAAACCAAUUCCAUUGAAUCAGAAUCAAAUCGAAAAAUAUAACAAUUUAUUAGAUUUUUUUGAACAGUUUGACCCAAACAAAGAUAAUAUUCAACAUUUAUUCAAUAUUUUAAAUAAAUAA